CCUCCCCCCAAAGAGAUGAUCCGCCUGGAGCCCCCCCACCCCUCCCCUCUCCUGGUCCGGGCCGACGCCCUCCGCCACGCCGGCUCCCUGUGUGACGUCGUCUUCUCCCUGGAGGGCCAGACCUUCGGGGCCCACUGCCUGGUGCUGGCCUGCACCAGCCCCACGCUGGCCCCCCGGCUCCUGCAGGGAGGCCCGGCGGACCGCCCGCUCCGCUGCACGCUGGACUUCUGCUCCCCCCGCACCUUCCAGCAGGUGCUGGACUACAGCUACGGCCAGGCCCUGGCCGUGCCCCCGGCGGACCUGGGGCCCUUGCGCACCGCCGCGGGGCUCCUGGGAAUGAGGCCCCUGGAGGAGCAGUGCCGCGGUCUCCUAGGGAGCCUGGACUACAGGGCGGCGGAGGUCAGACGGGCGCUGGAGGAGCUGGAGGAGUCGAGGGCGGGGCCCGGCCGACGGCGGGAGGGACCGCCGUGCCGAGGGGAGACGGGACGGGGGGACUCCUCUGCUGAGGGGGAGACGGGGAGGGAGGAAGAGGAGGAGAGCAGCUGCCCUCCCACGUCUUCUCCGCCGCCUCCCUCCGAUACACCUCAAGGCCAAACAAGCGUGGUUCUGUCCAGGAAGCGGGCGCUCCCGUCGUCCCCGCCGGCGGGCCCCUACGCCAGGGACAGCGUUAUCAGGGCCUCUUCGCCCUGUUCUCCGCGGGCCUCCGUCACCAGCAAUCCUGCUUGGGCCUCCGCCAACCACUGGCACCAUGUGACCCUGAGGCUGAUGGCUCAGCGCUACUCCGACCUGGUGGCCGAGCGCCAACACCCCUUCUCCCAGGGGCCUCAGUCUGGGCUCCUGGCCCAAAGGGCCCCUGACUUCGCCAAUGUUCAGUCACAACGCCCCCCUGAUCUGGAGGACCUGGUCCGACGAGACCUGAAGAGAAUGGGUGCUGCGAGCGACGGCAGUGAGUCCAGGUACUUAAAGAGAAUUCCCGGCGCUCAGCACGUCUUUGUGAACCCCCAUCAUGCAUCCCUGCUGACGGAGAGGUGUACCGCGUUCUCAGGUGAAGCCUACCAUCGCUAUAGGACCGGUGGUGAAGGAGGAGGUCUGAGUCCUCCCCAGCCCGGAGCCAAGCCAUUCCAGUGUCUACGGUGUCCCAAGAGGUUCAGUCUGAAGCACCAGCUGGAUACUCACCACAGGGUUCACACAGGUGAGAAACCGUUCGAGUGCCGCCUGUGCGGCCAGCGCUCCCGGGACUACUCGGCUAUGAUCAAACACCUGCGCACGCACGGGGGCGCGGGGCCCUACCAGUGCACCGCGUGCAGCGACUACUGCAGCAGUCUGGCGGCCAUGCAGAAGCACGUGGAGCGCCAUGCCCCCCAAGACUUCCCCCCCGACUGGACCAUCCGGCGCACCUACCUGUACACCUCACACGUCUGAAGACAGGAAGUUGCGCGGGGACUCGCGCAGGAAGUCGCGCGCGGGGACUGGCGCAGGGACCCGGGGUGGGACUGGCCACGCAGAACCGUUAAAGUGUAAUUCCGGCGGAAAUUUAUCCCAGGGCCUUUGUUUUAGCAUGAAAACCAAUCAAAUAAGCCCUCCAGAUACCUUUUUCAUUGAAAGUUGAGUAUUAGAGAACUUUACCUCAAGUCUAUCCAUAGCCACUUGCUGCACUCGUGGAAUAGCAUUCUUCUUCAAUGACACUUUCUUUGGGUUCUUUGUGUCAGCAGCUCCUUUAUGGAUGAUAAAGUCGUCCUUAUCGAAAUGAGCAUUGCAGAAACGGUGAUCCUACUGCAUCAGCACGUCUCCUGUCCAUAUUCAAAACAAUAAGCCACUGGUCUACCAGAGAUCGGUCAUUGUACCGCGAUGGCAGUCUAUGGAAAGUUUUUGGAGUGUAACUUUCCAUUUUUUUCCCGCAGCCGGCCAAAACACGAAACAUCUCUCUGUCUUGAAUUCAAGCUGUAGAUGGGUCGUCUACUCCGGUGCUUCAGCUGUCCUUCACAUUGUAGCGAACAAAUAUUUUGUAACUGUGCAUUCGGUCACUCUAUGCGUCAAUCACAUGUGCAAUGUGUCUUCUGUCAACAAUGUGCCAUGCUUUAUUUGUAACUGUAACUUACAUAUGCAAGUCCUUUCAUUUUUGUGUCAAAAACUUUCCUCCUUGAACUGAACUCUGGGGUAUUCGGUAAUCAACUUGCGUGGACUUAAACACAGACCUACCGGUAAUGUUUGUUAAACGGUCUUUUUAAAUAAACUCUUGGUUUGCAAACUAAGUUGUUGGUGCUUUGUUUUAUGUGUAGGGACCCUAGUCAUGCUACUGCGGAGGUUUGGUGCUAUCUUUAACAAUUUUAGUGGUUCAAAAAUGCAGAUUUGGAAGCGAAACUCUAUGCCCCAAGUCAAUAACGUGAACGCCAAACAUUGCGCCGGGCAAACUCUAAUAUUCGAUUGUCAUUGAAAAAGGUAUCUGGAGGGCUUAUUUGAUGGGUUUUCAUGCCAAAACAAAGACCCUGGGUUAAAUUUCCGCUGGAAUUACGCUUUAACUAUUGAAACCGGUAUCUACUCUUUGCACUGGUUAAACCGGGUUCUACAUUUCUGGAACCGGGGAGCAAAACCGUUGAAUCGCAAAACCAACGAACAAAUGCGGUGUUGAACUUCAUCCACCAGUAAGACCGGGGGAAUGUAAUUGCUUUCAAAAAGGAAAAUCGUAUGACGGGUUUAAAAACAGAAAAGGUAGAAAUGUAAAAUACAAUUAAAGAAAUGUAUACUAAUGUUUAGCACCCGGAUUUAAUCGAUUAAAUUUGUUGUGCUAUACAAAGUUGGAGGCUAUGUUUGGAAAGCCUAAUUUGGAUAUUUUUUUGGUGUGAUAUAUUUUGGAUGAUUGACAUUAGAAAGCUUAUGUUUAUUUCCCAUAAAUGAUUUGGAUAACUAUCAAACAUGAACUGCACUUAUUGGGUCCAGCAGCAAGGUAUUAGGACUAUCAGUUCAACAGCUCUCUUUGUGGUUAGGUAGCUGAUAUGAUAAGUUGCCUAAACAGGAUGUGGACAUAAUAAUAUAAUAUAAAUAUAAAACACGUUUGUUUUAUUGGUUCAUUUGUUAAAUCAACAUCUGGAUGCUACUGUAAUAUAAUAUGUGGACAAGUUGACUUCACACACACACACACACACACACACGCACGCACGCACACACGCGCGCGCGCACACACACACACACACACACACACACACACACACACACACACACACACACACAAACACACACGUGACUCAGCGGUGGUCUGCGGCAUCCGAGAGAAAAAGUUGAGCUGUCUCGGACACUUAUGGUCUUACGCCCCUGUGCGUGUGGAUCGCUAGCUCCCUGUGAGCAGUUUACGCCCCCCUUUUCCCUAAACCUUUUAACCACAUAUACAUUAUUGUUUUAAUCUCAUAGUGUUUCCGGAUUCCAUAUGAAGCAGUCCAUUCAAUGGCACAUAAUGGUCAACGAGCCAACUUCAUAACCCGCAUAAUAACUUCCAAUUAUUUUAGCCGACAGAGCAGAACGACGACGUGGCACGCCCUACUCUUCUCAUUGAUGAGAUGAUGCGUAGUAGCCUGUCAAUUGUUUUUGUCCAUUGCAAUUUCCAAGUGUAAUUUCCUCAAAACAUUUUUUUUUACAAAUAAACUUUUUGACCGCU